AUGUCUCGAAACAUUACUUGGCCAGCUACGAUUAGCAGAGAGCGAGGUGUACGGCCACUGCCUGAACAACUUAAUGUAUUAAUAGAAUUUUUAGAAAAACACCCUCAAUUAGCUUGGGGGAAGUUUAGAGAUGCACAGUUUGAAGAUAAACGCAAUUUGUGGGAGGAGAUUAGUCAUACCAUGAACACUAUGACCGGUUCUCACAAAACAACCUCAUGCUGGAUGAAGUAUUGGUGUGACAAGAGGAGAAGUGUGCUGUUAAAAAGAAAGUAUAUAAACCAGGGCAAAAUCUCUAAACAGCUUGAUGAUUGUGAACAAAGAAUCUUAAAUUUGUAUAGUUCAAGCAAAAUGAAUGUGAAAAAGAAAGAAGUAAAGCAAGAGCCUAAUAAAAGUAAUGAAUCAUGUGAUGAUAUUUUCUUUACUGAUGAUGCAACAGCAGAAGACAGUAGAGAUUCAAGAGAGUUUGAGGAAAGAAAUAUCAAACUCAUGGAUGUAAUGGUAGACGCAUUAGAUAUGCAAGCAGCUGCACUGUCCGAAAUAGCAAAGGAAUCAACGAGAAAGUCAAAAGCAAUAUCCACAAUUGCAGAGGCAUCACAUAAACAGGCCUGUUCUAUUGACAAUUUAUCAUCUGCAUUUAAAGAUAUCAGUCAAUCCAUGGAUCGAAUGAAAGACGCUUUGAAGAGUAUAGAUUAUACAGUCAAGAAGUGCUUCCUACCAAGUAACUUGCAAUCUACGGAAAGUGCUACAAUUUUCUAUAUAGAAGAAUAA